UACUCUGGUGACAGUGGCAGCAGUACAUCGGAUGAGCUCGAACAAGCAUGAGGUCAUUCGGGUUUUCGUUACCACGGCUGCUAAUUAGUGUCCUCCUUUGUUAUACCGCCGUUGGAGCAAGCGUUCUGAUAUCCAACAAGCAGGGAUUAUUUCCACUAACGGUGAUCCAUUUAAAUGAUUUCCACGCAAGAUUCGAGCAACAGAAUUCACUUUCAACCAAAUGUAAACCAGAGACCGGAGAGCAGUGCAUUGGUGGAUAUGCUAGAGUAGUUUCAGCGGUUAGGAUUUUGAGCGAACAGUACAAGGACAAAAAUCCCAUUUAUCUGAAUGCGGGUGACAACUUCCAGGGAUCGUACUGGUACACUUUGUUACGCUGGAAUGUGACCAGCUACUUUCUGAAUUUGCUGCCGGCGGAUGCAAUGACGUUGGGCAAUCACGAGUUCGAUCAUGGAAUCGCCGGAGUCGUCCCGUAUUUGGAGACGAUUAAAUCUCCGGUGGUUGUGAGCAACAUUGAUGACAGCGAGGAACCGAGCAUGAAAGACAAGUAUCAGAAAUCGGUGAUUAUCGAACGAGAUGGUAGGAAGAUUGGUGUUAUUGGUGUGAUUAAUCAUUUGACAAACACUCUGAGUAUGACAGAACGGUUGAAAUUUUUGGACGAGGUGGAUACAAUAAACGGGGAGACGGCAAAGCUGAAGUCCCAGGGUGUGUCCAUAAUCGUGGUUUUAUCUCAUUGUGGAAUUAGUAUUGAUCGAAAAAUUGCUGCUCAAUGUAAGGAUGUCGAUAUUGUGGUCGGUGGUCAUUCACAUACAUUUUUAUACAAUGGAUCUGCUACUGAUUUACCGGAUGCUCCCGAAGAUACCUACCCAAUUGUAGUCCAACACUCGACAGGUCAAAAAACAUUGGUGGUACAAGCGUCGUGUUUCACCAAGUUCAUUGGUCGAAUCACGGCUUACUUCGAUGACAGUGGUGAUGUGGCGGACUGGGAAGGCAAUCCCGUAUAUUUGGAUGAAUCAAUUCCACAAGAUCCACAAAUAGUGCAAGAGUUACUUCCUUGGAAAGAACAAGUCGACAAUUUAGGUAAUAAACACGUAGGAAGCUCACGAGUUCUGCUGUCAAAAACUGAAUGCCGCGUCGGAGAAUGUAACAUUGGUGACUUUGUGGCCGAUGCCAUCGUCGAUUACUACGUUCGUCAUCGGGUGGAUCCGGAUGAGUGGACCUACGCCUCAAUCGGAAUCACCAACGAUGGAGGCAUUCGGACUUCGCUACAAAAGGGAAAUCUGACCUACGACGAUAUUGUCACGGCUGUUCCGUAUGAGAACACGAUGGACACGUUCGAUUUGGAAGGACGCUAUUUAUGGGAAGCCCUGGAGUACAGUGCGAGCCGGCAUAAUUCAGCAGAUUUUCUGCAAGUUUCUGGAUUGCAUAUCAUGUACAACAUUACCAAACCGGUAGGACGACGACUCAUUUCCGUGGAUGUGCGUUGCCGUGUGUGUCGUGUUCCCCGCUAUGAGCCAUUAGACAUGAACAAAGUUUACCGCUUGGCAGUUGCCGGAUGGAUCGGCAACGGAGGAAACGGCUACUCGAUGUUCAGCGAGCACCGAACCAAUCUUCGGAUUGGCCCGCUUGACAUCGUUGUGCUGGAGGAGUAUGUGACCAAGAUGACGCCAAUUUUGCAGGGCACUGACGGCAGGAUCCGUGUUGUAACUUAAAAGAUUGUAUUGUAUAAUCAUCACUAAAUAAAUUAUUUAUGCUAAUCUAAUGAA